AUGGCUCAAAAAUGCGUACACCAAGGGUGUGCGAAGGUCUACACGGACUCUGAAGAGGAGUGUCUCUACCACCCAGGACCGCCCAUCUUCCAUGAGGGACAGAAAGGCUGGAAGUGCUGCAAGCCCAGAGUCCUCACCUUCGACGAAUUCCUCUCCAUCCCCCCCUGCACCACCGGCAAGCAUUCCACCACCGACCUCCCUCCCACGAUCGAGAAGAAGCAAGGCGAAGCUCUAGACGUCCCUGCUCCAACCAGCGAUCCAAACAGACCUGCCCCUGAACCCUCUCGUGGCCCGGUCUCAGCUCCGCAAGCUACAGCUACCCCGCCACCACCCCCACCAGAGUCCGAAGACGACGAGCCCAGCCUAGAGAUCCCCGCCGGAAAGCUCUGCAGACGGAAGGCAUGUGGUCAGUCAUAUAAUGGGGAAGGAAGAGAAGGCGAGAAAUGCGUCUUCCAUCCCGGCGUGCCAAUUUUCCACGAGGGUAGUAAGGGCUAUACGUGCUGCAAGCGGAGGGUUCUGGAAUUUGAUGAGUUUAUGAGAAUUGAAGGGUGUGAGACGAAGGAUAGACACUUGUUUGUUGGCAGUGGCAAGAAGAAAGGUGGAAAUUCUGAGGGUGAGGAGGUCCUAGAGACUGUUAGACACGACUUUUACCAAACGCCUACCACAGCAAUCGCCUCCUUUUUCCUUAAGAAAAUCAACAAAGAAAAUGCCAAGAUUGAGUUCUCCUCGUCCGAGAUCUCCCUGGACCUCGUUACCACGGAUGCCACCCCGAAGCGCUACAAAUCCGUUAUCCCCCUGUUCGGUACGAUCGAUACAGCGGCCUCGACUUUUAAGAUACUGGGCACCAAGCUGGAGGUUACAUUUGUGAAAGCAGAUGGUAGUUCGUGGCCGGUCUUGAGAAGUGAUGAGGCUCGAACGGGCGAAAUUAUCCAGAUCGGGAAAGCUGGUAGAGCUUUGUGA